AAUGAAGAGCAAAUAAUGAGAGAUUUAUAGAUGAAUCUGGUUGAGAGACUAAGAACGCUAAACUCUAGGAGCCUGUUGGGAUAGUUAUUGGUGAAUGGUUCCCAUGAAGCUUUCUGCUGCCCAAAAUAGUUUGACCAGAAUGCUCUGCUCCUAGAGGCUAACCAGUCUUCCUUCAGAAUAGAAUACGAUACCUUUGGUGAACUCAAAGUUCCAAAUGACAAGUACUAUGGCGCACAGACCGUGAGAUCCACAAUGAAUUUUAAGAUUGGUGGUGCAACUGAAAGGAUGCCACUCCAAGUAAUUAGAGCUUUUGGGAUCCUAAAACAUGCAGCUGCUGAAGUCAAUCAGGAUUAUGGUCUCGACCCAAAGAUUUCUAAUGCUAUUGUAAAGGCAGCAGAUGAGGUAUCUGAAGGUAAAUUAAAUGAUCAUUUUCCUUUGGUGGUGUGGCAAACUGGAUCAGGAACUCAGACCAACAUGAAUGUUAAUGAAGUCAUCAGCAACAGAGCCAUUGAGAUACUGGGUGGUAAAUUGGGGAGCAAAGACCCAGUGCAUCCUAACGACCAUGUUAAUAAAAGCCAGAGCUCAAAUGACACCUUUCCAACUGCAAUGCAUAUCGCUGCAGCACAGGAAGUUCAUGAAGUGCUAUUACCAGGCCUACAAAAACUUCAUGAUGCUCUUGAUGCCAAGUCAAGAGAGUUUUCCAAAGUUAUCAAAAUUGGACGUACUCAUACUCAGGAUGCAGUUCCCCUUACCCUUGGGCAGGAAUUUAGCGCUUAUGUACAACAAGUCAAGUAUGGCAUCGCUAGAAUCAAAUCAGCCAUGCCAAGGGUUUAUGAGCUGGCAGCUGGUGGCACUGCAGUUGGCACAGGACUGAAUACAAGAAUUGGUUUUGCUGAGAAGGUGGCUGCUAAAGUGGCUGCACUCACAGGCUUGCCCUUUGUUACUGCCCCAAACAAAUUUGAAGCCCUUGCUGCUCAUGAUGCCCUAGUUGAACUGAGUGGGGCAAUGAACACUGUUGCUUGCAGCUUGAUGAAGAUAGCCAAUGACAUCCGUUUCCUUGGAUCUGGACCACGAUCUGGUCUAGGGGAGCUAAUCUUGCCUGAAAAUGAACCAGGAAGCAGCAUUAUGCCAGGAAAGGUGAACCCAACUCAGUGUGAGGCCAUAACCAUGGUGGCAGCUCAGGUGAUGGGAAAUCAUGUUGCUGUUACAGUAGGAGGCAGCAAUGGCCAUUUUGAGUUGAAUGUCUUUAAGCCCAUGAUCAUUAAAAAUGUACUACAUUCUGCACGGCUCCUGGGAGAUGCCUGUGUUUCUUUCACUGAUAAUUGUGUGGUAGGAAUACAAGCCAACACAGAAAGGAUUAACAAACUAAUGAGUGAAUCAUUGAUGUUGGUGACUGCCCUUAAUCCUCACAUAGGAUAUGACAAGGCAGCCAAGAUUGCCAAAACAGCACAUAAAGAAGGGACGACGUUAAAAGAAACUGCUAUCAAACUUGGAUUUCUUACCUCAGAACAGUUUGAUCAGUGGGUAAAACCAGAAGAUAUGCUGGGUCCUAAGUAAUUUUAACAAGCCUGGUUCGAAGAGAAAAAAUAAAUUGCUUAAACAAAA